UAGCAUCGCAGUUCAGAGGUCGGAGCGGGGCGGAAGUUGCUGGCUGCUUCUGCCACUGCAGCAAAUGCUUGUAGCCAUUAGCCUAGCUAACAGGCUUCCUGGGGCGUUUUGGCUUUUUUGUCAACGGGUAGUAAAUAAAUGAAACGUUUUGGGUGGUACGAAAGAUGAAGGCGGCACGUUCAUGGGAAUGAUUUUUACGAGUAUUACCUCUGAAAAAGAGGAUAGGCACGAGCAAAAAUAAAACCCGGAAGUGCUGUUGAAGCUUCCAGCAGCCACAGACACAAUGAGUGCCAAAUAUGGCUUGGUGGGCUACAACAGUUCACGGAAGCACAUUUCCAUCUCCAUUCCUUCGACCACGGAGGUGAUGUCACCUCACAUAAAGUCUGUGGAGGAAUUGAAGGUUCUGGGAAUCAACCUCACCAGCAUGAGCACCCCCACACAGUUUUUCAUCUGUGUGGCUGGAGUCUUCCUCUUUUACCUUGUAUAUGGAUACUUACAGGAGUUAAUAUUUUCUGUGGAAGGAUUCAAACCUUUUGGUUGGUACCUCACUCUGAUCCAGUUUGGCUUCUACUCCUUGUUUGGACUCGUGGAGCUCCAGCUCACACAAGACAAACGCAGAAGGAUACCAGGGAAGACCUAUAUGAUCAUAGCAUUUCUAACAGUGGGCACUAUGGGCCUGUCCAAUACCUCUUUGGGCUACUUGAACUACCCCACACAAGUUAUUUUUAAGUGCUGUAAACUCAUUCCAGUCAUGAUUGGAGGUGUCUUUAUACAAGGUAAACGCUAUAAUUUGGCUGAUGUUUCUGCCGCUCUUUGCAUGAGUCUGGGACUCAUCUGGUUCACCCUCGCUGACAGCACAGUGGCGCCCAACUUCAACGUCACAGGUGUUCUCCUCAUCUCGCUGGCACUUUGUGCAGAUGCUGCGAUUGGGAACGUGCAGGAGAAAGCCAUGAAACUUCACAGCGGCUCCAACUCUGAAAUGGUGCUGUACUCGUACUCCAUCGGUUUUGUCUACAUCCUCGCAGGCCUGCUCUGUGUGGGCGGGCUGGGGCCGGCGGUAGCAUUCUGCUCAGAGCAUCCUGUGAAGACAUACGGUUACGCCUUCUUCUUCUCUCUUACGGGGUAUUUUGGGAUCUCCUUUGUGUUAGCCUUAAUCAAGCUUUUCGGUGCCCUGGUUGCAGUGACAGUGACCACCGGCAGAAAGGCCAUGACUAUCGUACUUUCCUUCAUGUUCUUUGCAAAACCUUUCACUUUUCAGUACAUCUGGGGGGGCCUUCUGGUGCUCCUCGGCAUCUUUUUGAAUGUUUACAGUAAAAACAAGGACAAAAUGAAGCUCCCCUCAAUCAAGGACCUCAGGAGCUGGUUGCUAACGGGAAAGAAAGUCAGAUUUCCCUCACAGAACGUGUAGGAGGCACCCACAAGUAUAGAGGAAAUCCUGCACAGGCGGGCUGCUUCAGUCUGCUGCUCCAGGUGUGAUGUUGGCCCACGCUUUGGGGGCCGCAUCGCCACCGACAUUGAGCCAAGGAUGGGUAUACAGGGUGUGACCUCCAGUCAGGGAUGAGGGAGUUGCUGGAUUUCAUCUGUAUUUGCCAGCAUGUUGCUACUUAACUGAAAGAACUGAAUCUGCAGUAAACCGAAGGAAGUGUAAAUUUUUUUUUUUUUAAUUGUGGGGGGGGGAUCAGCGCCAAGUGGGACCUUGUAAAGCUGCGCUUUAGAGCCCCACAGAAACAUUCCCAACGUGGAGCACCACACCGAGGACGUUAAAGACUCUCUGAAGGGAAGCCAGUUCUUUAGUUAACCAAAUUGCACUCUUUUGCACUGGAAUCAACUCAAACACUUAAACCCUUGAGUGGUU